AUGUCUACCAUCACUGAUCUCGCCUUUUCCGACGAUGAAUAUGACAGUUCGUUCAUUGAGGAACCCAACUCAUCCAUCAUCUACGAGGACGAUGAAUCGUCUUUCGAAGACGACACAGAUGAUCUUGUGGAAGAAAUAAAAGACAACUUGGUGGCCAAGCAGAUGACUAAGUUAAAGGUGGAAAGCGAGAUUCCCGAAGACCCUUACUAUGACGAAGACGCUGACGAAACGUACAGUUUCACGGAAAGUGACGACAGCGACGGAGAAGAACCUGACUUCGAGGAAGUCUUUGAUAGGAAAGCCAAUGAAGAAUAUUGGAAAAGGUGUAUGAGGUUAUACCAAGUGCCUGAAAUGAAUCAUUAG